AAUUAAAUUAAAAAAAAAAUUAAUAUUUAAUGCAGUUUGUUUUUACUUCACCAAUCGCUGUCAAAGCUAUUAAAAUAGUAAGCAGUGCAGCCCUGCAUACAUAUGUCAUAACUAUUUGUUUUGACAGUAGAGUCAGCGUAUACAAACAAAUGUCAUUAUUUUCAUAUAUUCUUCAACCAAGAAAAAAAUUAAGGCGAAAAUUAUUGUCUGCUAACUUUUACAUAAAAAGUUUCACAAAAAUAAAAUUUCGACGUAACCCUUUCGGACAAAAUAAAAAUGUCUAACGAUAAGAAAAUAAUGUCCACGGCAGAGCCACCAUCUGCACCAGCCUCCAUUAAUGAUGCAGCAUUUAGAAAUUGCAAUAAUCGGCCGCCACCACCCUCAUAUGAAGAGAGCCAACGAAUGUAUUUAUCUGCUCCAAAUCAUCAAAAUCAUGGAGCACCAAAUCAAAUUUCUACUCCAUAUAUGCAAACUUGUAAUUAUAACGCUACAUCUAGUUAUAUGCAAAGCUAUACCGCAGCAGCACCACCGCCACAAUACUAUCAACACCAUUAUGUUACAGCUACUGCACCACCGACAUUCAACAAUGUGAAAGAACCACAUGUAUUGUCUUUAGCGCCAGGUGCCAAAUUACGCACAACUGCAGCUGGGGCUGUAAGCAUACCCCCUCCGCCACCAGGUUGUGCUCCAACUGCGGCGCAGUAUGCAGCGAUGCAGGGCCAACCUGUUGUGCUAAAGAAAACAAAACGAUCGUUUUUCUAAGGAAUAACUGAUGAUCAAAACAAGCGUUAAAUAGACAUCGUAGAGAGAGGAUGAAUCAGUGGUCCUAUAUUUUGCGCGUGUAUAUAUAUAUGUGACAAGCCGAUUUAGCAUUUGAAUAAAAACCAUUGCUAUAAUACGCUUAUUGAUUAUAAAUGUUAAAAAUAAAUACAUUUGUAUGUAUUUGCAUAAUCGCGAAUAAAAGGAAA